GUGUCACAUAAUCUUGUCUCCUAUAGAUAUUGCUGAGUCUUCGUACUAUUUUCACCGCGAGGAGAAAGAGAGCGGAUCGUAAAAAUUACGUCAAAACUCAGAGUCCGAGUGAUAUUCGUACCACAGCAACUGGGGUAUUCUGUUGGACCGGUGUUCGCGGGACUGAGGUCGAGAUUUUAUCGGGACCGUUACAUGAUUGCCUCGGCGCUGGGAGAGGAACCCCCCGAGGAAGAUGUCUGACACGGAGUCAUCGCCCUAUCGCCACGAACCGGUGGAGGAUUGGUAUAUCGUGGGAGAGGAAAUAGGAAGUGGCCAUUUUGCGGUUGUAAAAAAAGUUGUGUGCAAAAGAAGUGGAACUGAAUUUGCAGCAAAAUUCAUUCGGAAAAAACGAGCGUCAACAAGUCGAAGAGGGGCACGAAGAGAGGAUAUUGAGAGAGAGAUUUCCAUCCUUCAGGAACUGAACCACGUGAAUAUCAUCAAACUGUAUGAUAUAUUUGAAGACAAGCAAGAUGUGACGCUCAUCUUAGAACUGGUUUCUGGUGGUGAGCUGUUUGACUUUAUAGCAGAGAGGGAUGUCCUACAUGAGUCUGAAGCCACAGCAUUCAUUGCCCAAGUGCUGGAAGGGCUGGCCCACAUGCACCUGAAGAACAUAGCACACCUGGAUCUCAAGCCUGAAAACAUACUCCUGACAAACAGAGCCCAGGCGGUAAUCAAGCUGAUUGACUUUGGCAUCUCCAGAAAAAUAGAAGAUGGCAAAAAUGAAAUCCAGAUGUUGGGAACACCUGAGUUUGUAGCCCCUGAGGUGAUAGCAUACGAACCACUAGGGCUCUACACAGACAUGUGGGCUGUGGGUGUUAUAACCUAUAUUCUACUGAGUGGUUGCUCUCCAUUCCUGGGAGAUAACAAACAGGAGACGUUUGCAAACAUCUGUGCUGUGGACUUCUCUUUUGAUGACGAAUUCUUUGGGAACACCAGUGACCUUGCCAAGGAUUUUAUCAGGGGACUACUAGUUAAACAUCCUGGGAGGAGAGCUUCCGUGACAGAUUGUCUUUCACAUCCUUGGAUCAAGCUGUUCUUUGAUGAGAGAGAGCGACUGUAUGAGAUGAACAGGGGUUAUGAAUUGGUGAUGCAGCCAAUAAAUGACAGACAGAAGGAAGAACGCAAGGAGGCCAAGACCAAUCUGGAGAGGUUUAAGACAUUCAAUGCAAGAAGAAAAUGGAAGCAAUCACUGAAGGUGGUCUCCCUUUGCAACCGCCUGUCACGUAGCAUCAAGAACCGAAACAACAUGAAUGGGGAUGAGGCACAAGAAGAGGACGAGGAGGAGUCUUUUGUGCUGCGGACACUUUUCCACUGUAUUGAGGACAGCAACCUGGGGGGGAUCCGCCACCUCCUGCAGUCUCUCACCAGCUUCGACAUCAACCAAGCCAACAAGCAUGGGGAGACAGGGCUCCACCUUGCUGCAGGCUAUGGACACAUGGACAUCCUGAAGUUUCUACAUGAGCAAGGUGCCAAGAUGGACAUUAAAGAUAAGCAUGGUGAUAAUGCAGUUUACUGGGCAGCCAGGCAGGGGCAGGUGGAGGCCAUCAAGUUCCUGAAGGACUUCUGUCCACUGGACAUCCAAGACAAGGUAAGGGACACUUCAGCUUUUAGCAUUUUGACUAAAUUUGUGGUUGCCCCAGAGUGAAUAGUUAUGUCUGUU